AUGACUGGUGCUGUUUAUGACACAAAACACUGGUUUCACGAAAGAAAUGAUAAAUUUUGGCCUGGUCAAGAAUUUGGUCUUGAAAUCGAUGAAAUUCUUCAUCAACAACGAUCAAAAUAUCAAGAUAUCCUUGUCUUCAAAAGUAAAACUUACGGCAAUGUGCUCGUAUUAGAUAAUUGUAUUCAAUGCACGGAACGUGAUGAGUUCGUCUAUCAAGAAAUGGCUGCCUUUCUGCCAUUACUCGCACAUCCCUGUCCGAAACGGGUUUUAAUUAUUGGUGGAGGUGAUGGUGGUGUCCUUCGUGAAGUUGUCAAACAUCCACAAGUCGAAGAAGUUGUUCUUUGUGAAAUCGAUCAGAAUGUGAUUGAUGUGAGCAAAAAGUAUCUUCCUAACAUGUCUAAAAGUUUCAAAAGUUCUAAGGCAACGAUUCAUAUUGGUAACGGUUUCGAAUUUCUCAAAAAGCAUCAGAAUGAAUUCGAUGUUAUCAUUACUGAUUCGUCUGAUCCUGAAGGUCCCGCUGAAGCAUUAUUCGAGAAGCCAUAUUACUCAUUGAUGAAAGCAGCACUCAAACAACCACACGGUAUCAUCUGUUGUCAAGCUGAAUGCAUUUGGUUGGAUCUUCCUCUGAUCAAAAAGAUGUCUAUAUUUUGUCGUGAACUUUUCUCAACGGUAGCCUAUGCCAUCUUUUCAACACCAACUUAUCCAUGUGGUACGCUUGGUUUUAUUGUUUGCAGUCUCGACAAAAAUAUAAAGUUGACAGAACCUAUUGAUGUACAAUUAGCGGAUCAGCUUGAUACUCGAUAUUAUACGAGUGACAUACAUCGUGCUGCAUUUGCUCUACCUGCUUUUGUUUGCAAGGAACUCCAGUUGCAAAAGCAAUAA